GCAGCCACCGAGGUGCCAUCACUGCUCUCCGACGCCAGCACCGCCUCUCGUUCGCCUAGCUCCAGCCCAAGGAGAAGAGGGGUGAGUAAGGCCUCUCUAUACCAUGGCUUGUACCAAGCAGACUGCCCGCAAAUCCACCGGUGGUAAAACACCCAGGAAACAACUGGCAACAAAAGCCACUCGCAAGAGUGCGCCCUCCACUGGAGGGGUGAAGAAACCUCAUCGUUAUAGGCCUGGUACUGUGGCGCUUCGUGAAAGUAGACGCUACCAGAAGUCCACUGAACUUCUGAUUCGCAAGCUCCCUUUCCAGCCUCCGGUGAGAGAAAUUGCUCAGGACUUCAAAACAAAUCUGCGCUUCCAGAGCGCAGCUAUUGGUGCUUUGCAGGAGGCAAGUGAGGCCUAUCUUGUUGGCUUUUUUGAAGAUACCAAUCUGUGUUCUAUCUAUGCCAAACGUGUAACAAUUAUGCCAAAAGAUAUCCAGCUAGCACACUGCAUACAUGGAGAACGUGCUUAAGAAUCCACUUAAGAUGGGAAGCAUUUCAUUCUCAAAGUCCCCCCCACACCUUUUCUUUUUU